AGUACUUACGUGUUCUGAUACAGGCGACUUAUUGGCUGUUUGCUCUUCUUAACAAGACAUUAAUUUAAUCUUCGAAAUACAUGUUUCCAUGAAGCCAGCAGCAUCUGUUCAUUCGGCUGAACUCGGGCACCACUCGGACACACUCGGAGACGGCGAUGGGCUCCAGUCGGCUCCACUCGGGCUCCAUUCGGACACACUCGGAGACGACGAUGGGCGUGCACGGUUGUGGUGCGUCUCAACCGGCGGUACAAUCGGAUGAUCCCUGGCGGGCGGAGCCAAGCAGGAGGAGGAAAUGGUCCUGUUGAGAGCUGACUGACUGACUGACGGACUGCUCCCAAGAAAACCCGGCGACCAGAGCAUCCAGAGCAUCCAGACAUACCAUCCUCACCAUCCAGACCCGGCACAGUCAGACCCGGUUACACUCCUGCGACCAGCCAGAUAAACAAGACAACACCAUUGAUCUGCUUUAACGGACUCUUUGUAUGCUGCCGGACCUCCGUCUGUGAAGGAGUCUGAGAUUACCGGUUAACGGUUAACGGAUAACGGUUAACGGUUAACGGCUGCAGCAGCAGGAUGGAGACGCAGAUCCAUGUGCCCGUCGGCUCGCCGGUCAUCAGGAAGAUCCCGGUUACCGUGGAUGAGCACAACGUGACGGAGGGAGCGAUGAAGCUCAUCAAAGAGCUGAGACCCGCCUGGGACCAGAACCUCGUCCAGACCAAGCUCUUCACUGAUGGAACCACCAACAAGCUGGUGGGCUGCUACGUGGAGGACAGUCCAGAGGACGUGGUCCUGGUCCGAGUAUACGGGAACAAGACAGAGCUGAUUGUGGACAGAGACAAUGAGCUCAAAAGCUUUCAGGUGCUACAUGCUAAUGGUUGUGCUCCUCGCCUCUACUGCACCUUCCAGAACGGCAUCUGCUAUGAGUUCAUGCAGGGCGACGCUCUCGGGGUGCAGGAUGUCAGGGAUCCUUCCUUGCUCAGACUGAUAAGCAGGGAGAUGGCUCGUAUCCACGCCAUCCACGCACACAACGGCUGCAUCCCCAAACCCAACCUCUGGAUCAAGAUGAGAAAAUACUUCUCCCUCGUGGCCACCGAGUUCACCGACCAAGCGUCCAACGUUAGAAUCCAGCAGGAGGUUCCCAGCAAGGCAGUGCUGGAGCAGGAGAUGGUGUGGAUGAAGGAGCAUCUCUCCACUCUGGGCUCCCCUGUGGUGCUCUGCCACAAUGACCUGCUCUGCAAGAACAUCAUCCACAACACUAAAGAGGGUCACGUUCGCUUCAUAGACUACGAAUACUCCAGCUACAACUACCAGGCCUUCGACAUCGGCAACCACUUCAAUGAAUUUGCAGGGAUGGCGGAGCUGGACUACGGGCUGUACCCCAGUAGGGAGAUGCAGAUGGACUGGCUCAAAGUCUACCUGAAGGCUUACAAACUCUUCACCAAGAAAACGGAGGAGGUCAGCCCGCGAGAGCUGGAGACGCUCUAUGUGCAGGUCAACAAGUUUGCUCUGGCUUCUCACUUCUUUUGGGGCUUCUGGGCGCUCAUCCAGGCCAAAUACUCCUCCAUCGACUUUGACUUCCUCGGGUACGCUGUGCUCCGUUUCAACCAGUACUUUGAGACCAAACCUGCAGUGAUGGCCCUGCAGAUCCCAGAAUGAGAGGAGAUGGAGAGAGAGACGGACAGACUGCGGAGAGAAGACAGGAUGCUGGGACUUCCUGUAAGGGUUGGGAACUCUUCUCUGUGAGCCAGCUGUUGACGGACCGCUGCUUGGUCUACCCGGCAUCCUUUUAUCUGCAACAAGCCCAAUUACACUUUCAUUAGCUCUCCACGUCUGUCCCCAACUCUAGCUCCAGAAUGCUAAAACUUCCAUGGGUUCUGUGUGUGUGUAUGUGUGUACGCUUGUGUUGUCUAGAUAAACUCCACGUCUUGCUUUCCCUCUUCGGGCAACUGAACAAGGCGUAGUGAGCACAGCAGUCUGAAGUUUAGACUGAAAAACCUGCUUUGUGUCCGUCGCUGUGGCGCCGAGAUGUUCCACAACGCUGGUAAUGAAGGUCAGAAGAGGGACAAGACUGAUCGUUUGUCCUGCACUGUAUGUAUGGCUCGUUGCCAUGUGGCCUCAUUAGAGUUAGAAACUGACUACUGAGGCAUUUCACCUGGGAUUCCUCAGAUUUUUGCAUGUGGUGUGUGUGGUGAGACCAUUCCUCCUCCUGUCUGCAGAUACUUUAAGUUCGGAUUUGUGCGAUUUUUUUCCCUCCAUCUUUGAUGCUAACUGCUCGUAGCCGUGGGCGGUACUGUGUCCUCUUUCCUCUCAUUUUAUUGUUUGAGCUUCUGUCAGUUCCUCCUUGUAGUUACUCCGCAAACUGCUGCUGCUAGAAAUGUAAAACAAAGUGUGCUAUAGCGGACCGACCAGACACCGAGUGUGUGUGGAACAGCGAAUGGAGCUUUUCAUGGACUGGCUGUAGGUGGCAUCACUAAUUGUGUUAUAGCAAUCAGUGAUAGAGAGUAGCUAAAUGUGCAUUUAUUUAUUUAUGUGAAGACAUUGUGGAUUAUUUAACAUCUCAGGUGAAACAACUCUUCAGCUUGGGUUGCUUUAGUAAAGUGUUGCUUUGUGAAGGAGGAGAGAGAGAGAGAUGAGGGGACCUGUGUAGACGUCACUCUGUGUGUGUUUUCCACCUUCUUGACUUUUAUGGUUACAGCGAAUCGCUCCGCUAAACUUUCCAUUUAAACUUUUCCAGACCUCUCGGAAAAUCACAGCCUCCGUCACCCCCUCCUCCUCCUCCUCCUCCUCCUCAUCCUCCUCCUGUGUCUGCUCCCUCCUCACGUUACUAUCUUUGCUCUCCUCCACCCACAGUUUAGUUUCAUAUCUCCCUCCAUCUGCUGAGAUUGAGGCAGUAGUACCUGUUCCAUCUUAACAUUAGAGACGGCUCUCAGCCUGUAAUCUAUUCACACUCACGUCUCAGAUUUGUCCAAUUUUGUUCCAUAAUCACUCCUUGCAUAAGUUAUAUCUGAGGUCAAAUCACGUCUAGCUCUCAGAAAGAGGCAGGGGAUGGGUUACCUUUAGCGUCGUUUCUUCACGUAGAUGGUUCAUGCGUGGUUAAUGUUGUGAAGUGGUCUCGGUUAGGUUUAGGGAACUACUUAGUUAGGGUUUGAAAAAAAAAAA